UGAGGAUCGUAAACGCAAGCGAUUCCACACACCAGUCUCAGGCGCAAAACAACAAACACAUAACAGUGGCGCCAUCAACACAGAAAAGCAAAGCCACUCAAGUCAACACGAGAAAAUCAUAUUUAUAUGAAUCACCCAACUUUUAAUAUAUAAAAAUCCAUGAAGACGGAGAAUAAAAACAAGAUGGUACUGGUACCAAGACUUGGUGCUCAACUUUCAUGGCGACAGCUUCAUUCUCUCUUCGACCCCUUCACAGAGCUUUUUCUUUCCUGAAUUGCCCUCAACUUGAUCUCAAUUCCCGAUUCCAUCCCCAUCUCCGGUACCCCUCUAAUGCCUUCACCUCCAUCGCCAUUCGUGCUAGCUCCACGGUUACUCUUGAACCCGAGAUGAUAAGUGAGCAAAAUCAAAGUGCAGAGCUUUUUGCUUGCCCAGUUUGUUAUGAACCGCUGAUAAGGAAAGGUCCUUCGGGUUUUAACCUGGAAGCAAUUUAUAGGUCGGGAUUCAAGUGUAAAAAAUGCAACAAAUCAUACUCGAGCAAAGAAAUGUAUUUGGACCUUACAGUAACUGCUGGGUUGAGGAACUACUCUGAGGACCAACCAGCUAUGACUGAGUUAUUCCGGAGUCCGCUUGUUUCAUUCCUAUAUGAAAGAGGGUGGCGCCAGAAUUUUAGACAACGUGGAUUUCCUGGUCCUGAUGAAGAGUUUAAAAUGGCCCAGGACUACUUUAAAUCUGUUGAAGGGGGUGUUCUCAUAGAUAUUAGCUGUGGAAGUGGUUUAUUUUCCAGAAAAUUUGCAAAAUCUGGAACCUAUUCUGGAGUAGUUGCCCUUGAUUUUUCAGAAAAUAUGCUUCGUCAAUGUUAUGAUUUUAUUAAGGGAGAUGCUGCUCUUUUAAAGAGUAAUCUUGCUCUUGUGAGGGCAGACGUGUCUAGGCUUCCCUUCACCUCAGGUUCAGUUGAUGCUGUCCAUGCAGGUGCUGCAUUGCAUUGCUGGCCAUCUCCUUCCAAUGCUGUAAGGAAAUUUCCUGCUGUGAUUUUCAUCUUUAUAUUAGUGGCUGGCAAGUCUUCCAAGUUUUUCACAACAAUCAAGUUGGAACAAUCAAAAUCCUGUUGCCGAAAUCACCCGUAUUUUACGAAGUGGUGGAGUUUUUGUUGGAACCACUUUUCUAAGAUAUACUCGCUCUACCCCCGGAAUCAUAAGGCCACUCAGACAGAGGAUCCUUCAGGGCUAUAGCUACUUAACAGAAGAAGAGAUCGAGGACUUGUGCACGUCAUGCGGUCUCACCAACUUCUCGAGCAAAGUUCAGCAAUCUUUCAUCAUGUUUUCUGCUCACAAGCCUUAAAAUUUUCUUGUGAAUAUUGUAACAACUAACAACAAACAUAUAGUUUCUCUACCCUGUCAACAUAAUUUUUUUUUUUAAUUUUUUUUUAUGUUGAAAUUCGUUGACCAUUGUCAAAAUUUUAAUUUAUUAUUAUUUGAUUCUUAUUUUCUUUAAAGAAAAA